AAUAUUGUCGGUAGGUCGAUGGGGAUCACAGUUUACGGACAACAACGCUUCUGGCCAGAACACGAUCGGGAAAAGUUGCUAAUUUGAGAGAAAAAUAUUAAAUCUAGAGUACAUCCCCGUGAAAUUUCGCAAACAAGAUCAACAAUGGCAAAGUUAUUUUCCAUCCUUUUGUGCCUGGUUAUCAUCGGAUCCAUCAGCGCAGGUCCUAUAGAGGAGAAGAAACCUGCUGAGGAGGCUGAUCUCUCCACUGCGGACACCAUUGGCUACGGAUACUAUGCAGCUCCUUCGCCCAUUUAUUACGGAGGAUAUGGAGGGGGCUACAAAUACGGCGGAUAUUCCGGGUAUGGGGGCUACGGCGGAUUUCGCUCCUAUGGAGGCGGCUUUUAUCGUCCCCGGAUUUAUCCAGUUUGGGGCUAAAUGACGCCACACUACGAUGCCAAACUUACAAGCGUUCCUUAACCCAGAAAAUCCUAUGUAAUCGCACCAGUGACCAAAGAAACCAUACAAGCCCCCUUUAAAUUGUAACCCUUUCACUGUCUUGCAACCACGGCGAUGACGUCAGUGGAGUUUUUGACCCCAGACCGCAAUUAAGACCGGCUUUAUUGCAAUAAAAACAAAGCACUUUAUGUACGACUACGCUCGCA